AUGAACACAAUAAAAGUACAUGCACAUCCAUCACAAUUACAACGUUCAACAAUAAUUCCAUUUCGUUAUCGAACUUUACUUUAUUUAAAUAUAUUUUUACUGGCUAUUGAUCUUUGUAUUAAUACAUUUGGUGAAUAUCUAGCACCGAAUAAAUAUGAACAACUUAUUAUAUUUAUUGUUCAAGAUGUAUGUAUUGUUCUUUCAAUAACUUUACUUAUUGUUAUGAUAUUAACAACGUAUGUUGCUCAAGCUGGUUUACUUUGUCUUCUUCUUCGUAUGUUUGGAUUUUCCAUGAUUGUAGCAUGUAUUUAUUUCCUAUUAUGUGCAGCAAUUCAAAUUCUUAUACUUCUAUCACGUUUUCCCAGUGAUACAUUUAAUAUGAAUACAUUUUCAAAAACGGAAAUAUUAAUUUUAUAUAUUAUUCAACGAACAUUUUCUGCCUUUUAUUAUUAUGCAAUGAAACGAGCUGCUUAUCGUUUGAGUGAUCCGCAUUUUUAUCAAUCAUCAAAAUGGUUACAGAACAUUUGGGAAAAACGUCGUAUGGCAGUGACAAAUGUAGCAAUGCAUGCUAGUCAAUCAGGAAUGACAACUAGUCGAUGUAUUUGUUGUGCAAUACAGUAA